AUGCUGAAGAACGAGGCGGACAAUUGGCUCACCUCAGCGGAGGCCAUCGAUUACGAGGACAACAAUGGGGAAAAUGGAGUCGCUGCCGCCGCCGCAGCGUUGUCGAGCCCGCCAGACGCCGAUGCGAGCUGGGCGGCCAUCGACCUUUAUGCGAGGGAUGGAGACAUGACCUGGCCCAUUGUGCUCAUCUCGUACAUCUACCUUCAGAAGAACAUGAGCACCAUGGACAGUCAGAAGGUCCAACUCCUCACAGCGUUCGUGGACAUGGUCCUGACCGAGGACGAGGGCCAGGCGUUGCUGCCGGACUACUCGUUCAAUGCGGUUCCGCAGGCCUGGGCGAACAGGUGGUUCAGCACAGUCAAAGCCAUGAUCAUUUUACCCUCGACGCCUGGGACGGAGUACAACAUGGAGGGAGACACCACGGUGCAGUGGGCGGGUAUGAGCGACACCUACAUCAGCAAGAAGCGUAGCUCGUACUCGCUGUGGAAGCUCAGCGAGAUCGACAUUGCCAUGACGGCUAUGGAGGCACGUGUGGCAGCACUGGAGACGACGCUCAACGAUUACGGCAUCGUGGCGCUCCACGGAAGCGGCACCACCAACCCGAAGAAUUGGUUCGCCAAGGCCAUGAAGUUGCUCGAGACGAGGGCGCGCGCGCCCCUCCACCUCACCUACCGCGCGGUCGGCAGCAGCACAGGCCAGGCGGAGUUCGUCGGCAACGCCGACAAUGGUUACCAGAGCUACAACCACUUUAGCGCAGGUGACAUCCCGAUGAGUGAGGACAACUAUCAGAAGCUCACGGCGGGCAAGGAGAUGGUCCACUUGCCAUUUGCGCUGGGAGCCAUCGGCAUUUUCCACAACGUCCCAGCGAGCGUUCGCGGCAACACCGACAUCCAGCUCACCGCAUGCCUCCUGGCCAGAGUUUUUAACGGUGACAUCACCACUUGGGACCAUCCAGAUAUCAAGGCGUUGAAUUCAAACCUGGACCCGCCAGCGAACCAAAAGAUCAUGGUCGGCCACCGCACGCUUGGGUCCAGCAGCACGGGCGGCAUCACUGGCUACCUCGACAAGAGUUGUCAAGCGUCUUGGCCGCGCGGUCAGGGAUCAACCAUCUCUUGGCCAGACACGGCGUCGGGGCACGACAACUUCUUUGCUGUUCAGGGCUCCCAGGGCAUGCAGACUCACAUCGAUGGCACAGAAUACUCGAUCGGCUACCUUGACGCCGGACACGGGCACGACCUCAACUUUGCGGAGAUCGCCCUGCAGAAUGCGGAUGGGUAUACUCGCACAUCCAAGGAGUCCCUUGCGGCAGACCCGAACGGCGUGGCCGCAGCAGGCAGCAAGGGCGUCUCAGAAGGCAGCUUUCCUGCAGACGCCAGCGCCGACUGGAGCGCGGCGAACAUCCUCAACAUGGACGGCUCAACGACGUGGCCUAUCACUCUUGUCAGCUACCUGUACGUCAAGAAGGAUCAGCAGAGCACGAAUCCGAAGACCGCGGCGGCCUUGAAGGCUUUCAUCGAGUUCAUCCUGGACGACCACGAUGGCCUCCUCGAGGAGUUCGGCUUCACGGCGCCGGACUCCGCGCUGAAGACCUUGGCCGCGACUGGGGCUGGUACCAUCGUGUGGCCGGCAGGCAUGGAGGAGUUUGUGUUCGAGGAGUCGACGGACACGUACGGCGGCAUGGGCACCAACGUCAUCAGCGCGAAGCGCACCUCCUACGACCUGUACGAGGGAGGUGUGCUCGAGGAUUCGCUGGCCGAGCUGCAGGCGGAGAUGGCCAGCGGCAGCCACUCGAGCAGCGCGGCGGCAGCCACCGAGGACAGCGACGGCGACCCUCUGCCCCUGGCUCUGUCCGUCCUCGCGCUCGUCCUCUCGCUCUGCUCGGGCCUUCCGGGCUGCCUCGCCCUCAAGCGCGCCUCGGGCCGCGGCCCCGAGGCGCGCGCCUUCGCCGCCGCCGCUCCGCCGGACGUGGUGGGCUCCCCGGCGAACCACGAGUGA